AUGCCCAAGCAAUACUAUGGUCAACGCCAGCACCUCGUUAAAGCUCAGCUCAACAGCGUUCUCUAUCAGCUACACACGCUCUCCUUCUUCCUCUCGCCGUCGCUAUGGUCAUUUGUAUUCAGAAUCAUCUCACAAUCCCAAUGUGCCGCCCCUAAGGAUAUCGACAUUUCCCGCUCGCUGCGGGCCCACUUCACAAUCGUAUUCUUGCUCAAUCUCCCCAAUUUGUGGACGCAUAUCUUCCACGGGGCGGCGGAAGGCAGAGCAAUCAUCCUCGAUUUCAUUGGAAUGGCAUAUAUACCCUCGAAACUGCAGUUAUUCGCGCUUGAUAUCACAAUCCUAUCCCUCCAAUGGAUCACUGUGGCGAUAUCAUACGAAACAGCGGUGUCCGCCAACAGUGAGGACGGCGAAGACACCCUCCUUUCCCCAGACCAGACGACCCCCGACACGCCAUUACCAUCAUCGCUACCAACACCGGCUACAUCCCGACCGCCUUCACCCAGCUCUUCACGAACGCCUUCCUUCUUCAGAAGAAGUAUAUAUACCACACCCAAACCCAACUCUACCACCAACAUGCCUCCCGAAAUCCUCGAUCUACGAUUACAGACCCUCAUAGCUCGAUUGCGCAACCCCGUUCCACCGGUGACCCGACGGACGACUACAGAUCCCCUUUCUUUACCCUUCCCCAACACUACGCCAUUUCAAAUUCCACCAGGGAUGAGGAGUUUGAUGCGUGCCCAGGCAGCGAGAAGGGUUUUUGAGACCAACCCGCCGACGAGGUUAGGCGGUUCACCUUUGGGGCCAUCGCGGGGAAAUGUCCAGAGGAUUCCGGGGUCUAUGGAUAGAGAUUCGUGA